GACCAAUUUGAUCUUCAUGAGCUAGCUUGUAUCACGAAAGUCAUGCAUACAUGAGUAGGUGACAAAGUGGCGAAAGCGAAAGCAGUACGAUUCCGACGUCGAAGAACGCUUCAAUUUUUCUACGUCUGUUCUGAACAGAUCGUUCAGAAGAUAGGAGCUAAGUUACCUUGUUACACCCUAUUACCCGGUUAUGGUGGUACUCGCCAUGCACGGCAAAGUCAUAGUCAGAGACAACUGUUGAUAAGCCUUUGGUGGAAGCUUUGUCAAAUGUCGGUUAAAGGCUUUAACCUAGCGUUCGAGGUUUGUUUUCGCGAACAAGCAGUCAUUAUCUUUAGACCUCAUUGGCUUUUCUUCUAAAUGUUGGAUAGACAUCUCUCUUCGUGAAUACUUUAGUUACUCGCUUCUCGCAAUCGUAAGUGCUUGCUACUGAUUUCCGAGGUCCAAAGAAGUCAGUGCUUAUAGAAACCAAUUAUCCUGCAAACAACGGAAGUUGGAAAAACUUGAAACCCGUAAGCGCUUUACCUUAUUAAGCUGUAGAUCGGUUACAUGCUUUCAAGGAGAAGGCUGCAAUAGAUAGAUUUUCUUCGCCGAGUCGCUCAAAAUGAUUUUACUGGAUGGAUUAAUGGCGAUGGAAUCGACAACUAAAAACCGGAGUCUGACUUCAAAAUCUGCCUGCGUCGAAGCAUUUUCCGAGAAAAACUGUCAUGCAUAAAAAGUAAACAUCUAUUCUGAACUGUUCAUUCAUUUGCUUGAGGAAAGCAAAGAUAUCAGAAGAUUCUAAUAGUGACUCUUGCGGAAACAACUGGUUCAGUUUCAUCGUUAUAAGCGACGUACAGGUAUUCAAAGGUCAAAGAUGGCUGUAUGGAUUUUGGGGAUUUUGACGGCGGCGGCAUUAUGUAAAAAUAUGAAAACUACAGCUUCAUCAACUCCGACAGAAACAUCAAUACAAGCAUGUACCAGCGGAAGUUUGAAUUUACAGUGCGGAGGUUUUACGAACGUGAGCACAAUUAAAGAUGUCAGGUGGAGAGUAAAAUUUCAGGACAACAGUGGAGAGAAGAUCUACUGGUUGAUGUCCGACGAUGAGCACUCAAAGGUGCUGAGGCUUCCAGGCGGAAUGAAGGUUGAGGGCGUUUCUAGACAAAACAUUUCCAUAGAACGCUACGAAGAAAACAGUACGAUAAAUCAUGUCAACAUAUUGUGUUUAGUUGAUCGCCAUACCCGCGCAGGCAUAAAAAAAACAACUGGUGAGAUCUAUAAGAUCGAUUUUACUAUUCAGUGUGUACAGACAGUGGAAGGAGGAAAUCUUAAUUUAACAAGAAUCCUGCAGAAGAUGGUUCUAUGUGAACGUGUGAGCGCUGUGUGUUGGUCUAUUAAUGGAAGCUCCUUUGUACACUACGCAAAUUGCUUUAAAAAAGAACUCGAUGGCAGUAAUGAUGAACUCAGUUUAGAUUUCAGGAGAAGACUAAGAUUUACGAGAGCCGGUCUAAUACUGACCAACAUUCAAGGUUAUGAUGACGGACCCGAGAUUGUUGUCAGAUUUGACAUUGAAAAAGACUCUGGUGGGAAGAAAAGGGAGUCGAAGACGAUAAGGAUUUUGGUCGAGACGGCUUGGCACUUUUCAUCUUCCGUUACGUCUGUAUCUCGAAGCACACCCUCCACAAGUACGCCCUCCAUUAUUGACAACUUAGAGCCCAAAGAACACAAACCAACGAACAGUGCAUCAGCCAAAAACAGACUUGAAAUGACAUUGACGGUGAUUGGGUUACUAAUCUCCUUUGUAUUUACUUGAGAUGACAAAAAUUC